AUAUAUAUAUAUAUAUAUUGUCCAACAAUGUGGGUUUAUGAAUGUCACAAGAUGGACUUCACAAAGGCAGAGAAAUUAGAGAGCCAAAAUGAGGUUCAACAGCCACAGCAACCAACCAAAGGCACCAGCUUUCUUAGAACUUGUUUCAAUGGUCUCAAUGCCUUAUCAGGCGUUGGGAUACUGUCAAUUCCAUACGCACUUGCUCAAGGGGGAUGGCUAAGCUUAUUUCUUCUUUUCCUGGUAGCUGUUCUCUGUUGGUACACAGGAUUACUUCUACGACGUUGUAUGGAUACGCAUCCCCUCAUCAAAACCUACCCUGAUAUAGGUGAGCGUGCUUUUGGGUAUAAGGGGAGAGCUGUCGUAUCCGUGUUCAUGUAUGUCGAGUUGUAUUUGGUUGCAGUUGAGUUUCUGAUAUUAGAAGGUGACAAUCUGGACAAACUGUUUCCAAACACGGCAUUUAAAGUUGCCGGGAUGAAAAUCAGAGGAAAACAAGCCUUUGUUAUGUUGACUUCCCUCAUAGUUCUGCCAACUACAUGGUUGAAGAGUUUGGCGCUACUUGCCUAUGUUUCUGCUGGUGGGGUGUUAGCUUCUUUCAUUCUUGUUAUCUGCAUCUUUUGGGUGGGAGCAGUAGAUAAAGUGGGGUUUCAUGAAAAUUAUUUGGAUUUGAAUUGGAGGGGAAUGCCUAUUGCCAUAAGCAUGUUUGCUUUUUGUUAUUGUGGCCAUGCAGUUUUCCCUACGUUAUGCAGCUCAAUGAAAGAUAGAAGCAAAUUCUCCAAGGUUUUACUUGUUUGCUUCAUCACAAGCACGAUCAACUACGGAUCGAUGGCUGUCAUGGGCUACCUGAUGUUUGGAGAACAUCUGAAGUCUCAAGUGACAUUAAAUCUUCCCAUAAAAAAGAUGACCACAAAAAUAGCAAUUUAUACUACUCUAAUCAAUCCCCUGACGAAAUAUGCUAUCAUAACCGCUCCAAUUACGACUGCGAUCGAAGAAACAUCCCUCUUUCGCAACAGCAGGUCACUAAGCAUCCUCAUUAGAACUGCACUAGUGAUCAGCACAGUGAUUGUUGCCUUAACCAUCCCAUUUUUUGGCUACGUGAUGGCAUUUAUAGGAUCGUUCUUGAGUGUCACUGCAUCUAUGUUGCUGCCGUGCCUGUGUUAUCUUAAACUUAACAAAGCUGCUCAAAAAAUGGGGUUAGAACUGAUAAUAAUUGUAGCAAUUUUGGUUGCUGGGUUAUUUAUAGGUGUAGUUGGAACCUUUACUUCCAUAAAGCAAAUUGUUAAGCAUCUGUGAAUUACCCAAAUAGAUACUAGCCUAAAGCUUUAUGUAAGAUGGGAACUAACAGUUUGAUAAGCAAUAAUGCGAGUAUAUAAGGAUUGAAGCA